CUUGGAUUGACAUGUGAAGUCUGGCCUAGGGGGUUGCACCAGGGACUCCGCAUCUAGGCUUCCUUUGGGAUCCUGCAAGUUGUAAAGAUAACCACCUGCUGCCUCAGUUUCCUCUUUGUGUCAAACGGAGGUGAAGCAGCCUCUGGCCUCAUUAUCACUUGCAAAGGACGGGGACAUUGUGGGAGCACGCGAGGUAGCACAAACAUGUAAACGUGCCAGGUGAAAGCAAGCCCAGAAAGACCUCCGUUCUUCUGGGAUGUGGUGGCCAGUGGCCAACGGCCAUUUAACCAAGGUCUGCGGGUAGGGAUCUUUUUCACAGUUUUGCCUCCUCAACCCUCACGCACCCACCCACGCGUCUGGCCAGGGGCAACACUGGAGUCUGAUGGGCCAUCUUAGUGGCCUAGGGAGCGACCACUAUGUUCUUGGCGAUUAUCAGGUUCCCUUGGCGGAGUUGGUCAGAGGAAGGGCUCAGCAUGCCGGAACUCGUACGUUGCACUCAACACGAUACACCGAGUUUUAGAGGUCGUUGCUGCGUGGACUUGGGACGUGUGACUGUUAUCUGUGACUUUGAAUGUUUUGGCUUGCCCAGGGUUAGUAUGUUAUUGACGAGUUAGUACUAUACUACUCAAAUGUAGAGUGAGAUGAUUCUUGAACAGGACUUCAGAAGAUGAGCAAGAUUUUUGCCAAAAGGAGAAAAAAAAAGGAAAGCAUGAACAGAAAGAUGGAAAUGUGGAAGUCCAUGACGUGUUCAGAAGCCACUGAAAGACUUUAGAGAGGGAUAUGAUGUGAUCAUAUUUGUAUUUUGGAAAGAAAACAGAAAAGGCAGCUUGGAUUGUAAUAAGAAUUCUGCUGCAUAUGUAGACCAAGAUGGAAAGUAUUGACAUCCUAACAAUAUUAAGUCUUAACAGUGCGUGAACAGGGGUUAGUUAAAAGGAUUUACUGUAUGUCUUAGGACUAUUUACUGGAGCUUUGAGAGAUAGAUAGAGAUGGAUGCCGUGUCUUAUCCAGUACUGAAAAUUUGAAGUUUAGAAGACAUUUGCUAAGUCAGAUCACUUCAAAAAGUUGCUAUUCAAGUCAAAUACAUCAUAAUGCAGAAUUCUUUAUCAGUACCACCAAAAGAUCAAGGUGAAUCCCACAUCUCUUCUGGAACGAUUCAGAGUGGGAAAGGCUUGCAGAAUAAGAGUCAGUUUAGGACCAUUGCGCCCAAAAUUGUGCCCAAAGUCCUAACCUCCAGGGUGCUACCAUGCCAUUCACCGUCACUCUCUGACCCAGUGAAUCCGGGCCCUUCCAUCAACGCCAAGCCACUGGGGGUGCCUGCCCAGAAUUAUGCCCUGAUGCAGGUUGCUGGACAGGAAGGGACCUUUUCUCUCGUCGCCCUGCCACAUGUUGCUUCAGCUCAGCCAAUCCAGAAGCCCAGACUGCCACUGCCCGAAAACCUCAAACUGCCUAUUCCUCGAUACCAACCACCAAGAAAUAACAAAGGAUCGAGAAAGAAACCUGUUCGGAGCUCCUCUGCGAGUGGCGGUGACAUACCUCCUGCCCAAAACCAAACGUCCCCCUCUCCCCCUGACCGGCCUGAACCUCCGUACAAAGCCAGUACCUCAGAGCAAGCACUGUCGCUGUCACUAUACCCAUCCCCCGCCAGCGUUGGCUCAGCGGUACCAACCCACCGAGGUGGUGGAGACCCUCCGCCUCCAGCAACCAGUGACCGUGGAGACCUGCACUCUCUUGCCACCCCGACACCAUCCACACAAGCGGAGCCCUCUGCCAAGCAGGCCCCCGCCAAGACUCUAGGGAGAGUGGACGUGCUGAACAAGAAAACGUGCAGUAAACCUUGUGCCAUUGCCGGUGGAAAACUUAAAGAGAAAGGUGAUCUCGCAAAAGCCAUGACCAUUUUAUCACCAGCUGUUUUUGGCAACACAGUGCAGCUGAUCUCUCCGGUCCCCAGAGGUAAAGUGCCCAUCCUGCCCUACGCCAGAAUGAAAACAGUGGAGCUGUGCAGAGCACAGUCAGAUGUUAACACCGCAGACAGCUCUGUCCCUGGGCUUGAGGCACCCUGUGCCAAGACAUUGGCCAUCACAGGAGGCUUCCACGCCACCACCAGAAUGGCUAGCAAGACGCCUGCCCCGCAGCCAGCAAGGCAGAGUCCCUGUGGAAGCGCUUUCUGUCCCGCCACCAGACUGGACCUCAGCCACAAAGCAAAACUGAACAAUGGGGCAGCAAAGAGACGAGUAAGGAAACGAAAGGUACCAGAUGAAAUGUUGGCAUUUCAGGGGAAGAGGAGGAAAUGUAUCAUUAAUAGGUGUAAAGACAGCAAAGAAAGGGUGAAACCCGAUCCCCAAGAACCCAGGGACCAAAAACCUGGGGCUCUGAAGAAAUACCGUAGCAUUAUGCCCAAGCCUGUGAUCGUCGUGCCCGCCCUGGCUCCCCUGGCCUCUCCCACGGGUGUGGCACAGGCCCAGACACCUGGCAGCCUGGGACAGGACGUUGUGUUAAAUCAUCCAUUCACUCCUAAAUAUCUGGGCUGGAAGCAGGAUGGCAGCGCCCCCCCUAAGCCCAGCUCUGCAUUGAGGAACGGCUUCUCCGGCAUCAAGAAGCCCUGGCACAGAUGUCACGUCUGUAACCACCACUUCCAGUUCAAACAGCACCUCCGAGACCACAUGAACACGCACACGAACAGACGGCCCUAUAGUUGUCGGAUCUGUCGCAAGGCCUAUGUACGUUCAGGCAGCCUGAGCACACACAUGAAGCUUCAUCACAGUGAGAACCGUCUGAAGAAACUCGUGUGCUGUGAAUUCUGUGCCAAGGUGUUCGGUCACGUCAGAGUCUAUUUUGGUCACCUAAAAGAAGUGCACCGGGUUGUCAUCAGCACUGAGCCGUCCCCUGGGGAAAGGCAGCCAGGGGACGUGCCAAAGAGCAGAGGCCUGGGUGUGCGAGGGACGGAGGGCCCCGUGGAGAGGGAAAACAAGUCAAGCCCGGAAGAAGAGCUCCUCCUGACCCAGGCAGAUGAAGUCAAAUUACAGAUCAGAUGUGGCCGCUGUCAGAUCACUGCCCAGUCCUUCGCUGAAAUCAAGUUCCAUUUACUUUACGUUCACGGAGACGAAAUUCAAGGCCGGCUACCAGAGGAGAUCCUUCCAGGAAGCCUGGCAGCUCCAGAGGAACUGGCGAAACAUGUGGCUCCUUUCUGGAAACAGCAUCCUGAGAGAAGAAAACUGCUGAAGAAGCUCAGUCCCCCCGAAGACGAGCUCCCCGCAUUUCCCAAAUUGAAAGGGCAGCCCUGCCUGCCUCCUCAGAACAGUGUGGAGACGCUCAGGAAGAUGGAGGGAGCCUUGGCAGGGAGGGAGCAGGAGUGGGGGGCAGCCCCCCGGGGCCCUGCAUGUCCCAGCCCCCACGCCCCCCCCUUCCUGGGGGCUCAUUCAGGCCUGAACUGUGUCCUUUGUGCACAGACGCUGGCCAGGAAGGAAGACCUCCUCCUACACUGGGAGCAGCGGCACUGCUGUGAGGACCCGCCCAAGCUGUGGACCAUCUUAAAUUCACUCCCCAACCAGGGGGGGAUCGCACUUUCUGGCAAAUCUGAAUCCUGAAAUACUGGGGCAGGAGGGGGUUCAAGAGAGUGCUGCUUGCUCUUUCUCUCAAGGCUUUGUUCUCUUAGGGUGGUGCUUAAUUAUAAAACCCAAGCAAGUUAGGAUCAGCAUUAAUGAGCACAAGGGAUUUUGUACAUAGCUAUAUUUUCUUAUUUUCUUUCUCCUUCAAUGUAUAUUUUUCUAACCAUGUGCGGUUUUAUUUCAGAAUUCUGUGUACUGUUAAUGUCUUAGACUUUAUGUGAGAAUAAAUAAAAAGAUCAAAACUUGGA